AAUACCCGGACAUGCAAAGUGACAACGAAUCUCACGUUGCAUCAUGUUGUGAAGAAGUAAUUCAACACCGUUCUGAUUAUGAACGAACUUCCGGUCCCAAGCGUAAGAAUGUUUUUGACGAAUAUCUUAUUCCCAAGAAGUACUGUAACAAGCGUGCUGUCGCUGCUAUUAGAGACUAUAUCGCGUUUAAGGGGUGUAGUUAA